AUGAACAGAACUAAUGCCUUGGAGAGGCAUCUACUAACUAGAUGUUACAACUCGGAUAAUCAGAUUGAAGAACUUUUGAAAACCAGAUACUCUUUAACUGGAGAUCAAAAGCCAGUUAUUCAUUUUACUCAAUAUAAAGGUCAAGCAAAGACUAAGUCAUUAUUACAUUCAGAACCAAAUACUUCCACUGGCAUAAUAACAAGAGAAAGGAAGGUUAAUACGAGAAAGGACUUACAAGUGUACAUCAAACAAACCUUGGAUAAUCAAAAGAAAGUCAUUAAAAAAAUUCAAGCCCAUAAUCGAAAGAAAACUUCUGAUUCAAACCCAUUUCCAUUAUCAAAAUUCAUUAAAUUAUUCAGCAUACCCCAAUAUGAAGAAUUUAUAGGAUUAAAUAACUUGUGGCAAAACUACAUGCAAGAUCUUUUAUUCGUCAAUAAUAACAAUAAUGCAAAUAAUGAUAAAUCAAAACCUCUUCAUAUACCUAGUAUGACUACAUUAUUACCAAAAUUAUCUACCGCUGAUUAUAAUGGUUGUUUAUUAACAGUUAUACAAUCUAAAAACUCCAAUUUAGUAGGUUUAAGAGGUAUAGUUGUAUGGGAUUCACAACAUUCUUUUAUUAUAUGUGUACCUAGUAAAGAAGAUUCCAAGGAAUGGAAUGAGACCAAGGACGAUUUUAGUCCAUCAGAAAUGUUAGGUGGGUUCAGAGCCGUUCCAAAACAAAAGAGUUUAUUUGCAUUUGAUGUAAUACUACCAAAACAAAGUACCAAUAGCAAUGAUGACGAAGAUGAGGAGGAUGAAUGUGUUGGAUUUACUAUGAUAGGUAGUAGAUUUGAGUUCAGAGCUGUUGAUAGAUCUGGUAAGAAAUUCAAAAGUCAUUCAGUUGAUGGAAUCUUGUAA